AAGGAGGAGGUGAUCACCUCCAAUUUCCAAUUUUUGUGUUAAUUGCAUUCAGAGUUCACUCUUAAAAGGCAAUGGUGCUUUGCCUCUGCCUUAGGCUUUAGCCUCCUCUCCUGUCUUACUGUGUUUCACUUUACUUGUCCGAGAGAGUUUUCUGAUUCUCUAUUCCUCAUUUUAUGUUACAUUUUUCCCCAGAGACACAAACCAAUACACUUUCAUCUCUCUUCAUUUUUUUUCCUUUCCAGUGCCAAUUUCUUCUUUCAAUUAAGCUAUUAUUCCUCCAUGGCUUCCAAUUUGCAACACGAUUCCACUUCUUCCAAUGAGAAAUCGGCUUUGACAACAGACACCGAAGGUAUGAAAUCAGAAAUAUCCACCAUUGACAGCAAAACUUCGAAACCAGAAGCUUCCCAACCAGCUCAGGCUGGAGCCUCCCCUUCCAAUAUGGGACCUGGGUUUGUCCCACCCAAUCCGUUUGAUUCCUCAGCCAUGAGUGGCCUUCUUGAGGAUCCAAGCAUCAAGAGACUAGCUGAGCAGAUAGCAAAAGAUCCUUCAUUUAACCAAAUGGCAGAGCAGCUCACUAUGAUGUUUCAAGGGGCAUCAGCCGAAGAGAGUUUGCCUGAGUUUGAACCACAGCAGUACUAUUCGACCAUGCAACAGGUUAUGCAGAAUCCCCAGUUUAUGACCAUGGCUGAACGCCUGGGUAAUGCAUUAAUGCAGGAUCCUGCUACGUCUAGUAUGCUUGAAAGUUUGUCCAAUCCUCAGCAAAAAGACCAGAUUGAGGAAAGAAUGACACGUAUCAAAGAGGAUCCAUCAUUGAAACAUAUUCUAGAAGAAAUAGAGACAGGUGGUCCCACAGCAAUGAUGAGGUACUGGAAUGAUAAAGAAGUUCUCCAGAAGUUGGGUGAAGCAAUGGGUCUUGCAGAUUCAGGAGAUGCAGCCAUUUCUGUUGGUAACGCUGCAGCCGAUGAAGAUGAUGAAGUAGGGAAUGAGGAUGAGUCAAUUGUACAUCAUUGUGCUAGUGUUGGUGAUGUUGAGGGUCUGAAAACUGCACUAACCUCUGGUGCUGACAAGGAUGAAGAAGAUGCAGAGGGGAGGACGGCAUUACAUUUUGCAUGUGGUUAUGGCGAGAUGAAAUGUGCACAGAUCCUUGUUGAAGCUGGAGCAAGAGUGGAUGCUUUGGACAAGAAUAAGAAUACUGCACUUCAUUAUGCAGCUGGUUAUGGAAGGAAAGACUGUGUGGCCCUUCUACUGGAGAACGGGGCUGCCGUCACACUCCAAAACAUGGAUGGCAAGACCCCCAUUGAAGUAGCCCAGCUGAACAAUCAGCAUGAGGUAGUAAAGUUGUUGGAGAAGGAUGGGUUUUUGUGAGUUGGGAGGGGGCACUGGCAUGUGUGCAUGGGAAGGUGCUGCUUGCAUUGCGCCCAUGAAUUAAAUUGUACCUCCAGGAAAAAGGAGGUAAAGUGGUAAACUCAAAACAAUAAAUAAAUAAAAUAUAUACUGAAUACAAUAAUAAUAAUAAACGCAUGCCAGAAUUUAUGUGAAAACAUAGAAGUUAUAUGAACGAAAGAUCUGUAGAUGAAGACUGGUAGCCAACAACAAUGUUUAUUGUGUUUUUGUUAAUCACAGUUAACAAUAAAGUCAUUUCAUCA